UUUUUUUUCUCUCUUCACUUAACUCACACACUCACCUUAUACUUAUACACACACACACACACUCUCACUCACAACUUUAGCUUACUCAUAUAACUCCACCACACACUCAGUUUAAAAGAAUGGCUAAACAAACAGCAAAAAAAAUAGAAAAGCGUAAGAAGGAUCCUCUUGCUCCCAAGCGUCCUUUGUCAGCUUACAUGUUUUAUUCUCAAGUCAAUCGUGAACGAGUCAAGAAAGAAAAUCCUGAUAUCACUUUCGGUCAAAUCGGUAAAAUAUUGGGGAGGGAAUGGUCCGAAUUGAGUGACAAAGAAAAAGACCAAUACAUCGAAAAAGCUAAAAAAGACAAGGAACGAUAUGAUCGUGAAAUGACCGAAUAUAAAGCAAAAUAGGAUCAAGUCAAGCCUUCGUGGUGCCUAUUGACGUUCCAUUUCUUUACUUUUUUUUUUUAUUUUCUUUUAUAUAUAUUUUUUCAUAUUUUUUAUAUAUUUUCAGAAUAGUUUUUCUUUAUGAUAUUUUUUUUUAUUUUAUUUUAUUGAAUAAAUAAACAUUGCUUCUAUCAUUUGAAUUAAACAAUUAAAAGUAGAUUCUAUCACU